AUGUCUAUCGAGAAUUUAAAAUCAUUUGAUCCAUUUGCUGACACUGGUGACGACGAAACAGCUGCUUCUAACUAUAUCCAUAUUCGUAUCCAACAAAGAAAUGGUAGAAAGACUUUAACCACAGUCCAAGGGGUCCCAGCUGAAUAUGAUUUGAAAAGAAUCUUGAAAGUUUUAAAGAAGGAUUUCGCUUGUAAUGGGAAUAUUGUUAAAGACGCUGAAAUGGGGGAGAUUAUUCAAUUACAAGGAGAUCAAAGAGCUAAAGUUUGUGAAUUUAUGAUCUCACAAUUAGGUAUGCAAAAGAAAAAUAUCAAGAUUCAUGGUUUCUGA